UCAAGGGGGAUUGUGAGAAGGGGUUGCAUUUGAAGCGAGUUUUGAGCUUUUAAAUGGAAGUGGAGGGGACCUUGAGUACACUGUUGGGGGAAAUGGUGGAAACAUUAUCAAUGGGUUGAUGGAGGAGGCGAUGGGAUACGUGGGACGGAAGGGAAGCAGAGACUAUCUGCUUGGAGUUAGGGGAAACAUACAUCUGGGAUGGGCUGGGUGCAUUGCAAGACAGACAGAAUACGGCUUCGGCGCAAUGAAUGAAUGAAGUAGUUCGGAAUACCGAACGCAGUACCGGAACCCAGUCCGGCGGUGCCAGCUCGAGCCCUGUCCCGCCGACAAACACACAGAGAGAAAGGCCAGCGUCUCGGGAGCAGAGAGUUAUCGUCCCGAGAGGGCAGUCCCCUCGUCCACCUAGGAAUGUUGGAGCGUCCAGCCCGGGUGAUCGGCGGCUUUCGUCCAAGGCCGAGUCACCUGGCUCCUCAAGUAUCAUGGAUAACGGGCAGGAUGAAGGGGAUGGCAAAGCAACUGCGGCAAAUACUGGAGAUUCUUCGGGCGACGUGAACGGGGACGAUCAGGGACUUUCUAACGGGUUUGUACCACGAAGGAUUUAUGAAAUAAAUCAAAAAGAAACGAUCAGUGACCAGGACCCCGACACCUCAGCCGCUAUGAAUAAGGGUAAGGGCAAAAGCCGGGUUGAAGAUUCAGAAGAUGUCUCGGACGACUCCGACGAAGACUCCGUCAUUGGUGAAGUGAAGGAAAUAGAACGGUUGCUCGAGGGAGAAGCCAAGCGCAACGCCAAGUUUCAGAAACAAGUGAACAAGAGAAAACAUAAUAUGGAUGACAUCAAUGCGCGACAAGCGGAGGUGAGGAAGAACUUAGUCUCCGGCACCCUGACGGGCGCGGAAAGACAAGAGUUACUCGAUGCAUACGAAACACUGGAGACGGCUUAUGAGUUGGCUGAGAAGGUCAACGCUAGAUUAGCUGAGAAACUUACGGCUGCCAGCAUCGAGAUAAGAGGACUAGAAAAACGACUGGGAGAAGUGACGGAGGCUCUCCGACGCCAGAAGAAGAAAGGGACUGGUCUGCAAAUGCUGCUAGAUGAGCUUCAGGACAGGCUGGAGAUGACGGAAGCGGAGCGAGAAGGGUACAAACGGGAACUGGAGACGACGAAAGAGGAUCGAGAUAGGUACAAACGAGCAUUUGAGGCGCUCAAAGAGACCGACUCAUCUACGCCGACGGGCAGUGAAGUUUCCUCGAAAACGCCUGAAGAUAGCCCGGCUCAGGGACCAGCAGGAUCUGGCACAGGGCCCGAAUCCCAACCUCAUGCUGCUCAGACGGAGCAGGCCAAUAGAGAUGGAAGCCCACACGGGACAAUCAAAAACUCAGAAAUCGGUGCUCCUAUCACGAAAACGUCCACUGGUUCAUCUGGAAAGCAUUCGCACCACAGACGAAGCUGGGAAGUAGUGGCACAGUCCGUACGGACUCACGAGUAUGGCUCAGCGGUAGUGCCCGGUGGCAAAGUGGUGAAGAGGGAAACUUCAACACUCCUCAAACCCGAGAAGGCUCGUGACAAGAAGAGCAGCUCCAGUAGGUCUCAAAAGAAGACCAGAAGGGCUUCGAAGAACAGUCCUUAAAUGAUGCGUCAUCCCAAUAACAUUCUCAUCGUCAGGCGGGAAGGCAGGCUCCAAGGUCACAAAUCCCUGAUCUGACUAUAAGUCUAUAUCUUCGCGUGCCGGACAGGACUUCCCAGACUUACUUUACGAAGAGUAGUCUUGGA